AUGGUUGAGUUUGACGUCAAUAUCUUGGACGGUGCGUUCGAGAAGCCCUACAUCGAUCUCACGUUUCCUUUGCCUACUGACGAUGUCGAUACGAUUGUACCUGAUUUGGCAAACAAUGAAAAAGUGGCGAAGCUGAUUGGUAUGAUUGAACAUUUUGUCAGGUUCUUUGGUGGGAUCGACACUGACAAAAUCUACUAUGAGACUGAGUAUAAAUUUGGUCUUUCAAAGUACGAUAACAAGAAGUUCCACAAUGAUUUCAAGAACUACAUGAAAAAUCAAUUGGAAACCAAGGACGAAAAACUCAACGAGCUCGUAUAUCUGUUAGUCAAACAAGAGCUCAACAUGAAGUUGAUUGAACCGAAAGAUUUCAACGACCGUUUCGCUAAAGUGAAGGACUUCAUGGUCAAGUAUUAUCUGGCUCAAAAUGAAAAGAACUUGCCCACAUUUGAAUCUUUAUCAUGGUUGAGAAUCUCUUACGUUACCACGAUGAAAGUUUUCCAAAAGAUGUUCCCGAGAGGCAUCUGGGUUUCGCGUGCUGAUUUUGAGGGCUUACUCAAGCAGUACAUGGCUAACCCAAUGUCCGUGAUUUAUUUGCCAAACCAUCAGAGUCAUGUUGACUACAUGAUUAUGCACAUUUUGUUGGUGCGUUUCCACAUGAGCAUCCCGACUGUUAUUGCUGGGGAGAAUUUGAACGUGGCUGUGUUCGGAAGAAUUCUCAAAAACCUUGGUGCCAUUUUUAUUCCUCGCAGUUUCAAUCAAGAGUUGUACACUGAGCGCAAUUUGAAUAAUGUUAUUGAGUACAUUCUCAAGAAUAAAAUUGCUCUUGAAGUUUUCAUUGAAGGUACCAGAUCUCGUGAUGGCAAGCUUCUUUUACCGAAGUACGGGAUCCUCAAAUCUUUGGUACAAAUUUAUCUCAAACAACGUCACGAAGAAAAAAACGAAAAAUUCGAUUUAUUGUUUCAACCUGUGCUGAUCACAUACGAGCGUAUCUACGAAACCGACGGUUACUUAAACGAGUUGAUUGGGAAAGACAAAAAGAAGGAAUCUUUCAUGGGGAUCGUUACCAACGGUCUCAAGAAUUUGCGUGGUGGACCUACUGAAGUUGUUGAGGUUCGCGACAAGUUUGGGUUUAUUGAUAACUCCGAAACUGAAUUGACUGGUAAAUUGUUUGUGAAGCUCGGUGAAAGAUUUUAUUUGUCUGAAUUUAUCGAGAAUGAUGAUUACUCGUUCGCUGAUGAGCCCAGUCUCAAGAAACUCGGAUUCAAAGUUUUGCAUGAAGUCAACAACACAUCAUACCUUCCGCCUGUCGCCAUUGUUGGCAUGGCGUUACAAAUCUAUUACUACCGUAACUAUGAGGGUAAGGGGGCAAAAGACCAAGAGCGCUUUUUCAAGAUUGAUGAAUUUUUGCCGACUCUUAAAAAGGUUAUCACACUUUUGUCCCGUGAGGUUGACGGACACCCUAUCAACAACUCUCUUCUCAAGGAGUUGCAGCAAUACAGUGACAAGCAGCUUGAGGAUUUAACCAUCGAGUGCAUCAAGCUUUUCUUCCGCAUGGUUUCGGUCAAUGAGACGACAAAAGUGAUUCGCAUUACAAAUCCUAUUGAAUUGUUGUACUACAAGAAUUUGUCCGUGCACUUGGUAAUUGCUCGGAGCCUUGUGGCGGCAAUUUUAACGUCAACAAGCCAGGAAUUGACCUACACGGAUAUCAACAGACUUAACUAUAUUCUCACUGGCUUGCUUAAAAUUGAAUUUUUGUUUGAUUACGACUUCAGCCCCCGACUGCAACUUUCUUUUAUUUUACAAGAUCUUCAAGAUGAGGGCAUUAUUCGUGAUGAGAAUGGCUUGUAUAAGAUUGUUGACCGGUCUUAUCUCGAAGGAGUGGGAAACCUCUCGAAACCAUUUAUGCAGCUGUAUGUGAACCUUAUUCGCCUGUUGAUGACAUACAAUCCCAAGGAUGACACUGAGUUGAUCAUGGAAACUAAGCCUAAAAAGCCCAAUUUACCUGUUGAUGAAGAUGAAAUCAAGUACCCCACAACGAAGAAUUUGCUCAAAUAUGUGAUCAAAACGAACAGAGAUCAACAGCCUUUGGAACUGAUCAACAAGCAAUACUUGAUGUCUGACUUGUAUUUCUUGUUCCACUUGAAUCUUCUCAAAAUUUUCAAGAACAAGGCUAAGACUAAGGCUUUUGUCGAGAUGCUUGAACCUAAGGAUUUGAACGUCAUUGCAGACUUCCUCGAGGAUAUCAUUCAGCAAAAGUUGAACCUCUCGGGUCAAGGGCCUCACGGGGCGUCUCUGGUACGUCUCAAUUAUUUGGUUGAUAUCAUUAACAAGAACCCCGCUAGAAAACAAAGAUUGGCUGCUUCCCUGGACGCUGGCCUGAUCGCAGUUGAAGCCAAGCUUUAA